UCAUUUCUGGCCACUCCCGAUCAAAGUGGGAAGAACAGCUGGAUUGCGACAAGCUACCAUUGUGGAAGGAUUGUGAAGCUACCUUAAAUAGGCGGUACCAGCACCUAUCAGCUGAAGGCGAAUCAUCUUCGAGGACGAGACCCAUAGCAGCAGCCAGCACGAACCACGUGAAGCAGCCUCACAUGAAUGGAACGAAGUCCGCUUUAGUUGCAGCGAAUACAAAGCAGCCGACAUGCCAGCAGUGUAAAUCGAAGGACAACUAUUUAACAGCUUGCCCCACUUUUAAAACUAUUUCUACUCAACAGAAAUUUGAGUUUGUCAAAUCGGUGCCCUUAUGCAUAAAUUGGUUACGUAAGGGAUCCAAAUGCAGAGCGGAUCGAUGUCGCGUGAGUUACGUCAGAGACUCCACCCAUUGUAUCAGUACACUGCAAGCUAUUUUAAAUACGAAAUUUGAUAUUCCGUUCAAUUAGCUUCUUUAAUGUAUAAAAUGAUUAUUAAGCAAUAUAUCGCAAAACGACCACAGUAGUUGUUAAUUUUUAUUUACAUUUGCUUUGUCGCAACUUUGUCGAAAUUGAUAUCGCAUUCUAUUGCUUAUUGUUCUUUGCCACAACAAUGUUACAAAUCAACAUAUGUUGUAACAUUGUUGUUGCCAUUAUUUUAUUGAUUACAAACAAAUUAAAAGUGGUUGAACUCCGAAAUUAUUUUGAUGUUUACGUUAAAAUUUAUGAAUGAGUGAGCUAAGCAAAAUCUUUGUAUAAAAGCCAUGUAUUUCAAUUUUAUAUUAUUAUUCAAUAAAGUAAUAAUCAAGAAACUGCAACUCAAGUUUCUUUACUGGCGCAGUCGGUCGCGAAAUAAUUCUUAAGAAUUAUUGAAAUCGAAUCGUUUAUCAUUUUUUUAAAAAAGUGAUAUUUCAAACAAAAACUCAAUUAGGGAUUUCACAAGACGUACUAUUUGUCGUAUUUGGUCUAUUGCGCUAUUGUAAUACAACAGUUGUAAAAGUUUUGUUUUUGUUUCGCAAGUAAAAUUUUAAUAUCACAAUACAACUCUGAAAGGUAUGUUUGCCUUGCUAUUUGUGGAUGCUAUUCGAUCAGCUGUUUCUAUUUACAUUCUGAUUUUGUUAAUUUGUCUGCAGGCUAUUAGUUAAAAUAAUUAAAAACAAAAAUGGAAUCACCCCGAGAUAAUGACGUCAAAGCCAAGCGUAUCCGUUGCAACCCAACCCGUAGAUGGGCGGCAGCAGAAGAGAAGUCUCUAAUUGAGUUUCUGUUGGAAAAUCGGCAACUUGAGAAGCCGUCCGCUCAAGCUUACUAUAAGCAGUUCUGCAUGGCAAAAAAUCUAACCAUGGAGUGGAAGCUUGUGCGUUCUAAAGUGCGGAACAUGAGAGUGAGCUACAACAAAGCGAAGACAUGGGAAGGCUCGACGGGAGCAGGUAGCAUGAGUGGCGAAACUAUUAAAAGUACUCUACUAAAAAUGUGCACUUUUUUUUACGAGCUCGAAGACAUUUUUGGGAGCAGAGAUAGUGAAUGUGCCGCAAUCGAAGAUACGAUUACGAUGCCGCUGAGUAUUUGGAUUUUGAAGGUGCUGUAGAAACUCAGAUAGCAGUACCGAUUGAAGAACCGGAGAGCUCCCAAGGCCAAGGCAAGGAUUGUGUGUUACAUUUAAAUGGUAACGAAAGUUCUGCCGAAAUUAGUUGUACGCCAAGUACGAGCCGUAAGGGCAUAUACAGCAGAACGGGGGUUUCGGAAAUAAUGAAACUCCAAGCCGAAGUCAUUAGUUUCAAGAAAGAAAAACUAGAAGCAGAAUUGGCAGCAAGAGACAGGGAGUUAGUUAUAAGGGAAAGAUAAUUGGUGUUAAAAGAAAAGAAUUUUGAUUUGAAAGAAAGGAAUUUUAAAAGCGAAGAAAAGCUGAAAGUUCUUGAGCUCGAAAUGAAAGAGCGAUUAGCUAUGGAAGAGCUUAAGCUUAAAUAUAAACAAUUAUUUUAACGUAACUUAAAUGAUUUAAGUAAUAUAGU